AUGAGUAGCGAUCCUUUUCGGGAUGCACCCGCCACGGGGGGCGAUGGAAAAGGGGUCGUGGAGGGCAUUCGACAGCGACGGGAGAAGCUCGAGCUCUACCAGUCCCAUUCACACAAAAUGAAGUCACUCAUGAUGAACAGCGCGGGGAUCCGUAGUGGGUUGAGCACAAAAAACGAACGCGCGCUGAACCCCAUAUGGACGAACUUCCCUACAAAGUGCGUCAAGCCUAUCCGCUCCGUGGAGGAGAUGCGGGAAAAGUUGCAGUACUUCACGAAAAGUGAUGAUGUGAUGGUGGUGCGGUACCAUCAGAAUCGUUGUACCGCCUGCAACGCCGUAGACAAGAGCUUUGAGUUUCUCUGUCACCAGAGCGCCGACCGACUUCCAAAUCUUAAAUUUUACGAGAUCAACAAAGACGAGGUACCGGAGCUGACAAAAAAUCUUGUGCGCUACCCGCAGGUGAAGGGAUUUAGUGGCGGGCACUGGACGGACCUGGAGUUUAAGCCUCCCGCCGAUUUUCGCGAGGAAUUGUACAUGGCGGUGGAGAGGGAGGUGAAGCGUCGCAAGGACGAGGCUCGGCCCGUCACGGCGCUCGAGGCGGAGGAGAUGUAUUUUUCCGCCGCCGGUCCCUCCAUGCUGGAGGUGCUCGAGGAGUCCAUUGUGAAGUUUUACGUCAAGUCGCAAGUGCGACUGCAUAACUACUGGAAACAGGUCUCGGUGCGGCGAUCGUGGUUCUUCAAGAAGUUCAUUGAGCCUAAGGUUGAGGAACGCUUGCGGGAGGAGUGGCAGAUGAAGUCGUUGUUUGGAGAAAAGAUUAUGUACGGCCCGGAGCCAAAAAUAGAGGAAUUCUGA